UUCUGUAUGCCAUGUGUUUCGUGCGGUUGGUUGUUUCUCACGCGGAGUAGAUCUGUAUUUUUCUGCAAAUAACGCAAACUAAUAGUGGUUUAGAUUCACAAUUAAGUCUAAUUCUCACUUGAAUUAGCUCAAACUACCUGACAAAAUGCAACAAGACGAGAUCGUGUGGAGUAUCAUAAGCCGGCAGUUCUGCUCGUAUCAAGUGAAAACUCAAACUCAAAACUUCUGCCGUAAUGAGUACAGCCUGACAGGACUGUGUUCUCGUAAGGCAUGUCCAUUGGCAAAUAGUCAGUACGCCACAAUCCGAGAGGAAAACGGUAUUAUCUACCUGUACAUGAAAACGGCCGAACGGAAUGCUUUUCCUUCCAAGCAUUGGGAAAAGGUGAAACUGUCCAGGAACUAUGAGAAGGCCAUUUAUCAAAUCAAUGAAAAUUUACUAUAUUGGGAUCGGUUCGUGCGGUUGAAAUGUAAACAGCGCUUCACUAAAAUUACCCAGUAUUUAAUACGAAUGCGAAAAUUGAAACUACGCCGCCAGAAAAUGCUUGUUCCAUUGGCGACAAAAAUCGAACGACGAGAACGGCGCCGAGAGGAGAAGGCACUGGUGGCAGCGCGGAUCGAUAAUGCUAUCGAGAAGGAACUGAUGGAACGACUGAAAAAGGGUACCUACGAGGACAUUUACAAUUUCCCACAGGUGGCCUUCAACAAAGCGCUCGAGGCGGAAGAGGUUGAGGAUGAGGAGAAUGAGCAGGAGGCGAAUAGCGAAAUGGAAGAAGAAGAAGAGGAGCUGGAGAAGGAAAUGGAGGUCGAUGCCGAAAUGCAGCGGGAACUGGAGCUGGACGGAGAGUUUGUGGAGGGUGAUUCCGAGGAUGACGAAGAUGAGGAUGAUGAGGAGGUGGACGGUGACGAAGAAGAGGAAUCGGAUGCCGAAAGUGAAUCCGGUCGAAAGGAACGGGUCGAGGUGGACAGUGAUUUCGAGUCUUCUGAUGAAGAUAUCGAGGAUAUUGCUCCCAAGGUUACACCGCGUCUGCCGAAGAAAACGAAAACCGACGACAAAGCGACGGCCUCCGCCGCUGGCCCCAAGAGGAAAUCGAAGAAACUGCGCAAAUCUCACCUGGAAAUCGAAUAUGAAGUGGAAACUGGCCCAACGCGGCGUCGGCUACAUCAGUGAGGUAAAAACAGUCUGCUCUUUUUAGGCUUAUCCUAGUAGGCGACUGUGCAUCUGUGGAUGAAGGAAGGAAAGAAAGAAAGAAAGAAAAAAGUUCUAUUUUUCUCACCCGUGCCUGUGGAAGAAAGUUCAAUAAUACAUAGUGAUUAUAAUUCACUGACAACGGAUGA